GGUUUCUCCACUGUAUUAGUAGCUCCCAGUAAAUUUUUCGUACGUCAUGAAGGGCACGCACGCGCGGAACGGUCGAUUAAGCUACAGGUGCCUAGCACCGGGCCCCAGUCGCACCGCGGCCGCCGACUAAACGCGAUCCGCACGCCCUGCCACAUUAUCAAUAGCAAAGCGACGCUCGUGACUUGUUGCGCUGACAUUAUCAACAGGCGCUCGUAAAUUUAACGGUUGUGUUUCAUGUUGUCUAUUUCUAGUGUGUAUAAGUUGUGAUUCUUGACAUGUUGUUUCUUAGUGUUGUGUGAUGUGAAUGGAUUGUAAUUGUCAAAUGUGGAAUAUGAAUUCUGUUGUUAAGUAAAAAUCCAUGAUGCUGAGCCCCAAGAUCCAGCGCUCCAUCCGCGUGAACGAUGGCCAGCUCAUCGCCCUCUCUGAGCGGGCCCAGUACGACCACAUACAGGCUGGGUACCUCCACAAACGGAGCUCCGACAACACAAAAUGGCAGCUCCGAUGGUUCGUACUCUACCAGAACUUGCUGUUUUACUACGAGUCAGAAAACAACAGUCGACCAACAGGAGUGCUUCUCCUGGAGGGCUCUUACUGCGAACGCCUCAGCAAGCCGCUGGAGCGGGCUCCCGUGGGGUUUUGCUUCACAAUCACCUACCGUCGCGAGAGUCAGCGGCAGUAUGAGCUGCGCGCCGCUUCGGAGGUCGACUGCGUGCACUGGGUCGACGCUAUACGAGAGGCCAGCUUCAACAAGCUACUCCUCCAGAAGGAAGAGCUUGAACAGAAGCAGCUCCACCUGCUGCAGGUGGUUGAGAGCGAGAGGACAUCACGGUGGCAGUACGCUCAGCAGUGCGACGAAUUGAGCAGUGAAGUCAAAAAGCUUAGAACUGAGCUAUGCACGUUCAAGAAGGAGCACGAUCAGCCGACACGCACGGAAUCAGCUACCACCUCCCCCAGUCACUCGCCAGACAUCGACCCAGCAGAACUGCGCAAGAUUAAGAAAGUCCAGAGCUUCUUCCGGGGAUGGCUGUGCCGUCGCCGAUGGAAGCAGAUCGUCGACCAGUACAUCAAGAGCCCUCACGCCGAAAGCAUGCGCAAGCGAAACAGCUUGGUCUUCAAAAUGGUUGAAGCAGAGGAAGAAUAUCUUGAACAAAUGGAAAUAUUGGUAACCUGCUUCCUCCGUCCUUUCAAAAUGGCGGCCAGUUCCAAAAAACCCCCCUGCACCCACGAGGACGUCAAUUCCAUUUUCCUGAACAGCGAGACGGUUCUCUUCCUCCACCAGAUCUUCUUCAAGGGUCUCACGUCUCGCAUGGAGUCUUGGCCAACGCUCGUAUUAGGGGACCUGUUCGACAUGCUGCUGCCCAUGCUGACGAUCUACCAGGAGUACGUGAGGAACCAUCAUUACUCGUUGCAAGUGCUGACGGAGUGCAAGCAGAGCCAGCCGUUUGCGACGUUGCUGGCGCGAUUGGAAAGCAAGCCAGCGUGUCAGGGUCGGUCGUUGGAGACUUUCUUGACGUAUCCUAUGCAUCAGAUACCUCGCUACAUUAUAACCCUGCACGAGCUGCUGGCGCACACGCCGCACGACCACGUGGAGCGCCGGAGCCUGCAGCAUGCGCGGGCGCAGUUAGAAGAACUUUCGAGGCAAAUGCAUGACGAGGUGAGCGAGACAGAAAACCUGCGCAAGAACUUAGCCGUGGAGCGCAUGAUCAUCGAGGGCUGCGACAUUCUCCUCGACGUCAACCAAGUCUUCAUCAGACAAGGAACUAUUUCACAAGUGGUAGGCAAGGGCCGUCGAGCCUCACUCCAAGCCCGCCAAGCGUUCCUGUUCAGCAACCACCUACUCCUCAGCACCAGGGCUACGGGAGGGAGACUGCAUCUGCCACCAACUGGAAGGCUGCCACUGCAUGACGCAUUGCUAGUUGAAGAUCCUAGCAGUCAUGAUGAUGAUGAUUCUACAUCCGUCUGUUCUUCCCCAGGAGGCGAUCUCUAUCAAGGAAAAGAUUUCAAGAUUCUCGUUGAAGUCAAAGGAGAACAGAUCUGUGCUCACUUAGUGGCAGCGACUCUCGAGGAGAAAGCAGCCUGGACCUCCGAACUAGCGCAGUGUAUGGAGAGCGCCGCGUUGACUGAGCUGCUUAGAGCUUGCGGUUCAUGCGGUGCCGCCUCCGCCAGCCUGCCCGCCUGCCGCUCCGACCGAGCGCUAUUCACUGAUGACGUCGACAUACGGUUCAGCAGGACAUUGAAUUCAUGCAAGGUGCCACAGAUCAGAUCGGCCACCCCACAACGACUUCUACAGCGGCUUACUGAUCUCCGCUUCCUCUCAGUGGAUUUCUUAAACACGUUUCUACUGACGUACCGCGUGUUCACCGACGGCGUGACUGUCCUCGAGGCUCUGAAGCAGGUGUUCUACGAGCAGUCAGCCCAGGAGUUGGAGCUGGCUCCGCCGCCCGAUGCUACGCGGAAGACCAGCGCCGCCAGCUCUGUAUCAGGAUAUGGAUCUGAAUUCAGUGAAAGAGAUUGGCAUUGGAAACCUUCGAGAUUAAAAAGCGAGGAAGACGAUAAGCUGUCGCCAUAUUUAAUGGCGCCAUCACGACGGACCUCCUCAAUAAGCGUAUGCAAGGAAGAGGAAAAAGAGGAGAAAGAUGAAAAAGACAACGGCCUCUUAACUAUCCCAAAGAUAAUGGCCACGUCUUCUAGCAAUGAGACUUUGAAAGGUACAACCCCGACAUCCCCCGGCGGCAUAAGCUCAGUGACCCUAGUGGGGACCCCAAAGAAGUCCAGCCCCGAACCCCCGGACCCCAAGACCCGCAAGUCCCCGACCAAGGAUAAUGAUGCGGCCGCAGCCAUCAUGAAGGUUGAGAGCAUAGAGCUGGUGGAGCAGAGCGAUGAAGAUAUUAAAUAUAAGGAAGAGGAACAGGAAAAAAGUAAAAAGGAGGAAAAGUUUAAGAUUUCGCAGAGGUUUUCAGAGCCAUAUCCAAAUCCCUUAUUCGUUUCUCAGCGAGUCCGCACAAUGUCGCAAAGCCCACGGCGCCUGCUGCCGGCAGCGAUGUCGGCGUCGGACGCGCGGCGCCGCUCCGACGGUGCGCGGGAGGCCGCCGCCGCCGCCGCCGCCGCUGAAGAGAGCCGCCGGGCUUCGGACACAGGACGGUACACACCUCGGCGUUCUGUCAGCGAGCGUCGCUUCACCAACUCUUCGAUCAACAGCGAGAGGCGCCGCUACUGGGGCGGCUCGGAGCCACGCUCCUCUGUCACUUCUCAGGUGUCCCAAGUACAGAAUUAUCGUCGUGAAACGAGCCAAUCCAAGGCAGGAGUCGUCAUUACGUCAUUCCGCCAGUCUCACAGGAGGAGCAGUACUUCAACCGCAGCGGUUGCGUUCGCCGUGGCCACGUCGGCGUCGUCGAACCCGCGGUCGCCACCCACCACGUCACCGCCGCAGACUAGACGAGACUCUGUUAUAUCCACUGCUGCUACUAUGCGAGUGUUGAAUGUGCUGAGGCACUGGAUCUCCAAGCACUCCUCCGACUUCUGGUCAGACGAGCGUCUCCGCGGCCUCACCAUGGACUUCCUCAAGGAGAUCGAGGCCAGUCCAGGACUGUUGCCGGCGGAACAUAAGGCGGCUGCUCAGUUGUUGAGGCUGUUGGAACGGUCACCUGAUAGGGCGGUGGAUUUGAAGGCUCUCUUUGCUCCGCCUCCAGUACCAACUAAAGAAAGCGUGGAAACUCUGUCAGCACUGGAGAUAGCUGAGCAAAUGACGUAUUUGGACUAUCAGAUCUUUAGCUCCAUUCACAGCGAAGAAUUCCUGGGGCAAGCGUGGACGAAGGCCGACAAGGCUGAACGAGCGCCACACAUCCUGCUGAUGACGUCACACUUCAAUCACAUCUCCAACCUCGUCAUCUCGGAAAUCCUCAAGAAAUAUACUUUGGCAGGACGCGUGGCCGCCAUAGAAAAGUGGGCAGCCGUAGCCGACAUAGCACGUUGUCUUCAUAACUUCAACGGCGUGCUGCAAGUAUGUGCUGCACUGUCCAACACGUCGGUAUAUCGUCUCAAGAAGACUUGGGAGAAGGUCUCCAAAACUAGCAAGCAGACGAUGGAAAAAAUGCAGACGAUCAUAUCCUCUGAAUGUCGAUUCCGAAUUUUGAGAGAUGCCCUUCACAGGUGCGAUCCGCCAUGCAUCCCGUACCUGGGAAUGUACCUGUCGGACCUCUCUUUCAUUGACGAGGGCACAACCAACUACACUCCUGAUGGCCUGCUCAACUUUUCCAAAAUGCGUAUGAUCGCGCACGUUAUUCGAGAAAUAAGAAACUUCCAGCAAACACCGUACAAGAUAGAUCACAUUCCAAAAGUGUGCGACUUCCUGCUCGACCGCAACCUUGUCAUUCCCGAGGAGCGGCAGUACACGCUGUCUUUAGAGUUGGAGCCCCGCGUGGCGCGCGGCUCGGCGGCCGGGCUGCACUCGCACUCGCACUCGGCCGCGCCCGCCUCGCCCGGCUCCUAG